GCAAUGAUAAAUAGUGUCACUGUCCCUCGUUAUCGAAAAUCUUACUUUCUUCUAAGAAAAAUCUUCGAGCAUGCCCAUUCCACGAGCAGUGCUUGAUCAACUAAAGCAGAUUAUUCCGCCUCUGAAUGGAUCUUUACACAAGGGACAGUCAGGUCGAGUGGGUGUACUUGGCGGAGCAUUAGACUACACUGGAGCCCCUUUUUUCGCUGCUAUCUCUGCUCUACGCAUAGGAGCUGAUCUGUCCCAUGUCAUCUGCUCCCCCACUGCAGCCCAAGCUAUCAAGUCCUAUUCACCCGACCUCAUCGUUCACCCCAUUCUAAGAGAAGAUUCAUCCCAUGACAAAGUGCGCGGGGAACUCGAUUCCCUCCUCUCCCGCCUACAUGUUCUCAUACUGGGGCCAGGUCUAGGCCGGGAAGACUAUAUGCAAUCUUAUGCCAAACUUGCACUGUCCCUUGCGCGAUCGAGGGCUAUGUUCGUUGUGCUCGACGCAGAUGCUCUCUGGAUGGUUGGCCAGGACAUUUCCCUUGUCAAAGGCUAUCGUCGUGCAGUCGUUACGCCAAAUGUCGUCGAGUUCAAGCGCUUGAGCGAACAAGUUGGCGUAGACAAGGACGUCCCACAGCGGGAACGCUCGCAAGAGGUGUCAAAGCGGCUUGGUGGGGUCGUGGUACUUGAGAAGGGAAAGACGGACCUCAUUGCAAUUGACACUACCGGAGAAGCGGCUAGUCUUGAAGAAAGCAAAAUCAGUGGCGAACAUGAAGCAGGAAAGGUGAAGGUGAAGGAGGUUUUGGAAGUGGAUGUCGAGGGAGGGCUUAAGAGAUGCGGAGGACAAGGGGAUAUCUGAGUGGCACGGUAGGCGCGAUGCUGGCAUGGGGGAAAUGCUACGAGGAU